AUCAAGAAUCUUUGGUUGUAAUUUCUUCAGUUGAGUUGAAAGAUUCAUCCAUCUACUGAUAUUGACCAAAGUAUAAAAUUAUAAUUCAAUCAUGUCUACGGCUGGAAAGGUUAUCAACUGCAAAGCCGCUAUUGCUUGGGGUCCCAAAGAGAAUUUAGUGGUAGAAACCAUACAAGUGGCUCCUCCAGAGGAUCACGAAGUCAGGAUAAAGAUAAGUUAUACAGCUGUUUGCCACACAGAUGCUUACACUUUAAGCGGUCAGGAUCCUGAAGGAAUAUUCCCAGUUAUUUUGGGCCAUGAGGGAUCAGGAAUAGUUGAGAGUAUAGGAAAGGGGGUAGCAAAUGUCUCAGUGGGAGAUCACGUGAUUCCAUUGUAUGUUCCCCAGUGUAAAGAAUGUAAAUUUUGUAAAUCCCCAAAGACCAACUUAUGCCAGAAAGUGCGUUCAACUCAAGGUCGAGGUGUUAUGCCCAAUGGCACUUCAAGAUUCAGCUGUAAUGGUAAACAGUUAUACCAUUUCAUGGGAUGUUCCACCUUUUCGGAGUACACUGUCGUCGCUGAUGUUUCUGUGGCUAAGAUUGAUGUCUCGGCUCCACUAGAGAAGGUUUGUUUGUUGGGUUGUGGGGUACCAACUGGUUAUGGCGCAGCUUUGAAUACUGCCAAAGUUGAAAAAAACUCAACCUGCGCCGUCUGGGGAUUGGGAGCUGUUGGUUUAGCAGUGGGUUUGGGAUGUAGAGCGGCUGGAGCGACUAGAAUUAUAGGAAUCGAUAUAAAUCCGAAGAAGUUCGAUUUAGCAAAGCAAUUUGGAUUCACAGAGUUCGUAAACCCUAAAGACUAUGAAAAACCUAUCGAACAAGUGUUGGUUGAGAUGACCGACGGUGGAUUAGAUUAUACAUUUGAAUGCAUCGGCAAUGUCGCAACAAUGAGGGCGGCAUUGGAAUCUUGUCAUAAAGGAUGGGGAGUUUCUACAAUUAUAGGGGUUGCUGGUGCAGGUCAGGAAAUAAGUACAAGGCCUUUUCAGUUGGUUACCGGCAGGACAUGGAAGGGAACAGCUUUUGGAGGUUGGAAAAGUCGAGACAGUGUGCCGAAACUGGUAGAUGAGUAUUUAUCCAAAAAAUUACUCCUAGACGAAUUCAUCUCUCACACUCUGAGUUUCAGUGAAAUAAAUGAAGCAUUUCACCUGAUGCAUGCCGGGGAGAGCAUUCGUUCAGUUCUAAAGGUUUGCGAAAAUUGAAAUAUGGUGAAACAACUGUAGGAUGAUUACAUUUUGAAAUUUUAAAUUGAAUAUUCUGUUGAAAAGGAAAUUAUUUUAUCAAAUUAGAUAAUAAAAGAAGUACUCAGUGAAA